AUGAGGAAUAUUUCCUUCCCCUCCUCAAUGGAAAGCUACCUGGAGGACUAUGCUUCAUUUGUGUUCUGCCCUGAGGGGACUGAUAAAAUGCACCAGAACGCUGUAACAAAGUACAGCAGGGCGAGAGCCUUCAUCAAAUACAUGAUGGUGGGGUGGGAAUCCACCAACUACUGGAUGUGGGAGUUCCUCCUGAACACCAAUCACCUGAAGGCAUACCCGGCUGUCCUCCGGAAAAUUCGGAUGGGCCCCCCGACCAUAAUUUUAUAUCUGGGCCAUGUCAUAUCGUUUAUGGAAUACUUCCGAGACACCCCUCCACGCUACUGCAGACUGGGAGGGAGGAGGUCAAUCCUGGUCUUCAGGGACCUUAAAAAGCUGUACAAAGAUGUCAGGAGGACUGUCCUGGGCCACCAGACCCUGAUAAAACAAAACAAACAGGGCAGACUGGUGGCCAAAGAGUCCCUGGCUACCUGCCAGAGGCUGGCCAAGGCCAAAAUCCCCUCACUCUUGGAUGACAUCGAGAAGGCCCCGCCAAAGGACACGAAGACAAGAUACUGGGUUCUUCGGGUACUUGGCGGCCUAUCUCCUCUCCAUUUACGGGCACAGGACCGGAGUCGUCAGAAGCAUGAGGGUGAAGGUGGUGAACGAGUUCCUGGGAGAUGA